AUGAUGAAGCUUUUCAGCGAACUCUACGGCAUCAAGUUCUUCAUGGGCGAGUCCUAUCUGUUUCAAAACCAGCUGGAGAUUCGCAUCCGCCACACUGAAUCUGCCCGUGCGUAUGGCAAUCGUUUCAAGAUUCAUCUGGAUGAAGUGUUCGAUGCUGGGAUGACCAUCGACGACAAGCUCCAAGUUCACAUAUUCCUGAACAGCCUCGAUGAGUGGUUUGAGUCCUUUAUCAACUUUCAAGCUCAUGUCUUUCAACACGGCGAAGCCAUCGAUGGCACGACGCUACCCAAAUUGUUUACUGCACUUAUUCAAAAGGAGAUCCGGAGCAUUUCGCCUACUGCAACAUACGCAACCAAACUGAGAAUGUUUGCCGUCGCAAGCCUGCCGACCAGCAGCAUUCCAACAUUGGUCAACGGCGUCCCGAACAACACCGCUCCGCCUGUGGAUUCUGCUGCAACUGCAUCGUCGGAGCGUCUCCGUGGAUCGUCAUCUCAAGCGUCGUCUGGCCCCAAUCGCCGUCGCUAUGGUCAGUCUUCUGUCAUCCAUGUCAGUAUGCUUGCCAACGUGAGCCACUUCACACUACAAUCCUCCGCUCCACUUCCUGACGUCUCCCCGGAAUGGAUUAUGGAUUCUGGCGCAUCUGAUCAUUACUGCAACAAUGCUGCUUGGUUUGAAGAACUCCGCCCUUGUCUGGCAAAGCUCGAGCUGCAUAUGGUGGCGACAUGA